AUGAGAGGAACAGACGUAUACAGUGAACAUUACUUUGUGAAAACGAGGAUCUGUCUAAAGUUGGCAAGAGCUGAGGGGAGGAAGAAGGUAAGGGAAAGGUUUGACGUAAGUAAACUGCAAAGUGAAAAGAUCAGGAGGAAGCACAAAAAUGAGGCGAGGAAUACGUUUGAAGCUUUAGGAGACAUAGAUGAUCCGGAGGAAGAACACGAUAUGAUUUUGUCAACGUACGGAGAUGGAGCAAGGAAAGUUUGGGGAGGUCAAACAAACUUAGGAGGCCACGGAUAGGAAGCAAAACAUCGGAAAAGAUCAAGAGGAGGAAAGAGGCAAAAUUGAAAUUGCAGGGUGCAAGAUUGGAGUGCCUAAAAGAGAGAAGGAGUGAGGAGUAUAAUGCCAAGAACAACAAAGUGAAACAGAGUGCUAGGGAGGAUAACAGAAGUUGGUAGAGAAGAGGGCAGCAGCAGCGGUAAAGGCCGCUGAGAAUGGUAGGGGCAAGGAACUAUACAGCAUUACUAAGUCGAUAACUGGAAAAAAGGGGAAACAAGAAAUACGUGUUGAGGACAAACAAAGGGUGCUUAGGACUGAAACAAAAGAAGGACUGCAGAGAUGGGUGAAGCACUUUAAUGAAAUAUUAAACAGAGAUGACCCAACGAAUCCUGUGGAAGAGCAUGAGAUAUUAGAAUCGGAGGAGAUUGAGGAA